UCUCACUAGAUGGCGAAAGGAUUCUUUGUUAAUAUUGCGCCAUCUGCCAUCUUGUUUAUUAAAAACUACCUGAAUUACGAAAGAUUUAUCAGUGGUUAAUUUAAGGUGAUUGUGUGAUUGUUAGAUCGUCGUUAUUCAUUCUUCUCUUAAAAUGAAGUUGGAAGUUUUGUUAGAUGGCGAAAGUCUUUCGACUAGUGAUUUACUCGAAAUUGGUUCUGGUCACUGGACGAUUCAGAUAACCCCUGAGGCUUCUAAAAAGGUCCAAAAGGGUCGAGAACUUUUGGAAUCAAUUUUGAAUGAAAACAAAGUUGCUUACGGUGUUAAUACUGGAUUUGGUAAAUUCGCUAACCUGGUGAUCUCCAAAGACAAUUUAGAACAAUUACAAGUUAAUCUUGUGCGGAGUCAUGCCGCUGGAGUGGGUGACCCUCUUCCUCCUGAGAGAGUUAGACGUCUCCUCGCUUUAAGAAUUAAUGUGUUGGCCAAAGGACAUUCGGGUAUCUCGUUAGAAACACUGCAACAAUUGAUUGAUGCAUUUAAUGCUUCCUGUCUUUCAUGGGUUCCUGAAAAAGGAACAGUCGGUGCAUCCGGUGAUUUGGCCCCUCUUGCUCAUUUAGCUCUUGGUAUGUUAGGUGAGGGUAAAAUGUGGUCACCAAAAACUGGCUGGGCAGACGCUGCCCAUGUCCUUGAGUCACAUGGACUUAGACCGAUUCGUUUGAAAGCUAAAGAAGGUUUAGCAUUACUUAAUGGAACUCAAUUGAUAACUUCUCUUGGUGCUGAGGCCGUCGAGAUGGCAUCCAAUAUUGCUCUACAAGCUGACAUUGUUGCUGCCUUAUCUCUUGAAGUCCUUAAAGGUACUUCUCGUGCUUUUGACGUUGAUGUUCAUCGAAUUCGUCCUCACAAGGGUCAAAUUAUGGUUGCUAGACGAUUGCGUUCAUUGUUGCAUUCAGAAGUCCAUCCAUCAGAAAUUGCUGAAUCUCAUAGAUUUUGUGAUCGUGUUCAAGAUGCUUAUACUAUUCGUUGCUGCCCCCAAGUUCAUGGAAUUGUCCAUGAUACCAUUUCUUUCGUUAAGGACGUCAUCACAACUGAGAUGAAUUCAGCAACAGAUAAUCCUCUCGUUUUUCCCGAAAGAUCCGAAAUCAUUUCUGGUGGUAAUUUUCAUGGAGAAUAUCCUGCAAAGGUUCUCGACUAUCUAGCAAUAGGAAUUCAUGAAUUAGCUUCAAUGUCUGAAAGGCGUAUCGAGCGAUUAGUUAAUCCCGCUUUGUCUGGACUUCCAGCAUUCUUGGUUGAAAAUGGUGGGUUGAACUCUGGAUUCAUGAUUGCUCAUUGUACUGCCGCAGCUUUGGUCUCGGAAAAUAAGGUGUUAUGUCACCCAGCGUCAGUAGAUUCAUUAUCUACCUCUGCUGGGACUGAAGAUCAUGUUUCCAUGGGUGGUUAUGCAGCCCGAAAAUCACUAACGGUUGUUGAAAACGUUGAAAGAGUAAUUGCAAUUGAAUUAUUAGCUGCCUGUCAAGCAAUUGAGUUUCUCAGACCACUUAAAUCAACAAAACCCUUAGAAGCUGUUUACGCAUUGGUUAGAGACGUUGUCCGACCUUGGGAUAAAGAUAGGUACAUGGCUCCAGAUAUUGAAGCUGCAAUUGAGUUACUACGCAGUGGAAAAAUUUUAGAAGUAGUUCAACCAUACAUAGAUAAAUACGAUGAAAGAUUCUCUGAUUACAAACCAGAUUCCCCAACAUCAUCAUUUUCCUUGGACCAUCGAGCAAAAAGACGGAAAGCUGAAAUACAAUAUGCUUGAGUAUCAAUGAUACACCAACUACUGAUCAGUUAACUUUUUUUUUCUUUGUCGAUCUCUAAUGUACUAAUGGUACAACUGUAAUCAGCUUGCUAAAAAUCUUUGGAUUUCAUGGUAAAGUCUUCCGAAUCGAAUAACAAAGCACAAAAUGAGAAAACUUUUCAUAGGAGAAAGAUUGACAGCCGAACACCAGUAUUUGUAUUUUUAAGGGUAGUUUUAAGACUGAAUCGAUUCUGUUUAAUUUUAAUUUAAUUCCCUAUUUAAUUUGCUAAUGAUGAUUUUGCUUGUUAAAUUCCACCUCGUUAUCUGCAACUUUUUUUACAAUUAAAUUAAAUCUGUUAAUUUUUUUCUUUUUA